GCCCCCAUGUCUUCCCCCUAAGCCACAGAAAAUGAGGAGACCUAGGCCCCUCUCGGUCUAUAAUCAUAAACUCUUUAACGGCAAUAUGGAAACGUUCAUUAAGGAUUCUGGACAGGCUAUUCCGCUUGUAGUAGAAAGCUGCAUUCGUUACAUCAAUUUGUACGGCCUCCAGCAGCAGGGCAUUUUCAGAGUCCCUGGCUCCCAGGUGGAAGUCAACGACAUCAAGAACUCGUUUGAGAGAGGUGAAGAUCCCCUGGCUGACGAUCAGAACGAACGCGACAUCAAUUCAGUGGCUGGAGUCUUGAAGCUGUAUUUCCGAGGACUGGAAAACCCUCUCUUUCCUAAGGAAAGGUUUCAAGAUUUGAUAUCUACUAUAAAAAUCGAGAACCCCACCGAGAGAGUGCACCAGAUCCAGCAAAUCAUCGUCACUCUGCCGCGGGCUGUCAUCGUCGUCAUGAGGUAUCUUUUUGCUUUCCUCAAUCACUUGUCGCAGUACAGCGAUGAGAACAUGAUGGAUCCCUACAACCUGGCCAUCUGCUUCGGCCCCACGCUGAUGCACAUUCCGGAUGGGCAGGAUCCGGUCUCCUGCCAAGCCCACGUCAAUGAGGUCAUCAAAACCAUCAUCAUCAACCACGAGGGCAUCUUCCCCAGCCACCGCGAGCUGGAGGGACCUGUCUAUGAGAAGUGCAUGACCGGAGGGGAGGAGUACUGUGACAGCCCGCACAGCGAGCCGGGCACCAUCGACGAGGUUGACCACGACAACGGCACGGAGCCGCACACCAGCGACGACGAGGUGGAGCAGAUUGAAGCCAUAGCGAAGUUUGACUACAUUGGGCGGUCUCCACGAGAGCUCUCCUUUAAGAAGGGGGCCUCGCUCCUCCUGUACCAUCGGGCAUCAGAGGACUGGUGGGAAGGGCGACAUAACGGCGUGGAUGGCCUCAUCCCCCACCAGUACAUCGUGGUGCAAGACAUGGAUGACGCCUUCUCCGACAGCCUGAGUCAGAAGGCAGACAGCGAGGCGAGCAGCGGACCGCUGCUGGAUGACAAAGCCUCCUCCAAGAACGACAUCCAGUCUCCGACGGAUCAUCUUGUGGACUAUGGCUUUGGGGGAGUGAUGGGCCGAGUGAGAUUGAGGUCUGACGGUGCAGCUAUCCCUCGCCGUCGCAGCGGGGGGGACACGCACAGCCCGCCCCGAGGGAUGGCUCCUGCCAUAGACACUCCUCCUCGAGCAGCGGCCUGCCCGAGCAGCCCCCACAAAAUACCCCUAAGCAGGGGCAGGAUUGAGAGUCCCGAAAAGCGCAGAAUGGCGACAUUCGGCAGCGCGGGCAGCAUCAAUUUCCCAGACAGGAAAGCCUUGUCUGAUGGCCACCCGCUGAGACCGACCUGUGGAUCGACUAGGCACAGUAGUCUCGGAGAUCAGAAAUCUCUAGAAGCAGAAGCGCUUGCCGAGGACAUCGAGAAGACCAUGAGCACGGCGCUGAACGAGCUGCGGGAGCUGGAGAG